CAAAGAAGCGACGUGCUCUAUUUCCACGAUGCUGCACCUUGACCGCCGCAGAAGGCUGCUCCUCUUGAAAAAGAAGGUUCUAUUAAUUCAAAAGAUACAACGAGAACAAAAGCGCCAGUGGUGGGUGAGGCCGUCUUGGAUGAAGCGCCACGCUGAAAGCGAGUAUUUUACGACGAUGCAGAGAAUGCGACAAGGGGAUGUAGAAUACUUUCAUAAGUAUUACCGCAUGAUGCCGCAGCAGUUCGACUUUCUCUUAAGUCUCUUGAAGCAAGACCUUGAGAGAAAGCACGUCGUGAGAGAGCCCAUAAGCCCUGCUGAGCGAUUGGCCAUGACACUGAGGUACCUGUCGUCUGGAGACCUGAUGCAGGAUAUUGCUCUAGCAUUCCGUGUUGGCAUAUCCACGGCACGAAUGGCUGUGAAGGUCACAAGCCGUGCCCUUUGGAACAGGCUGCAGCCACUGUACAUGGCCAAGCCUACCACGGAAACAUGGCUGCAUGCUGCCGAGGGUUUCGGCCGCGCGUGGCAAUUUCCCAACUGCCUCGGUGCCGUGGAUGGUAAACAUGUCCAGAUAAAAUGCCCGAAGAAUUCUGGAAGUAUGUUCUUCAACUACAAGGGCACAUACUCCAUUGUUCUCCUGGCGGUGGUGGACAGCAAUUAUAAAUUUAUUAUGAUUGAUGUGGGGGCCUAUGGGAAGCAAAGUGACGGAGGUGUGCUGGAACAGUCGAAGUUUGGCAAGAAGCUUGAACGAGGAGAGCUACUGCUUCCGAGGGAUCUCCCUCUUCCAAGCACAACACUGCCAGCCCCUUGUGUGUUCGUUGGGGACGAGGCGUUCCAAUUGAGAACGGAUUUUUUGAGGCCCUAUCCGGGACGUGGACUUGACCCAAGCAAAAGAGUGUUUAACUACCGCUUGAGCAGAGCACGGAGGUGUGCAGAGAAUGCAUUUGGAAUUCUUGUUACGAGGUGGAGGAUCCUCGAGAGGACCAUGGGAGAGAGCCCAGAAAAUGCCGAGUGGAAUGUGAAGGCUCUUUGUGUGCUGCACAAUUUCCUCAUGGAUGCACACACAGGGAGUGAGGACUCUUACUGCGGUCGAGGCUACGCAGAUUCUCUCAACUCCCUUGGACAGCGACGGGGUGGCCAGUGGCGACAGCAGCUCGUGCAGACACCUUUGCAACUGGCUCGCACGAAGGCCCACAACUUUGCCAAUAUGGCAAGGUAUGUUCGGGACCUGUAUUCGGAAUACUUUAGCAGUGCCGUAGGGUGUGUUCCAUGGCAGGAUGCUGUGCUCAAAGGAGUUUAAAUGCCAAAAUGCCAAAUGCAGGAAAGCUCAUUAAUUUACAACUCACGUAUUCAUUUUUUUUUUUUUGGUAAUUGAAACAAAGUGGCAUGGCCCUAUAGAAUGCCAUACAUUAAAGGGACACUAAAGGCAAAUAUUAAGUCGACAUUGAUUGUUGCAAUAGCAUUCCAGAAACCUCGUAGUGCUUGUUUCGUGCCAAGGAAAUGCUUAUUUUGAAAGAAAAUCACGUUUUAGUGGUCCACACGGCGUUAGUGCACUUCAAAUCACCCACCUGAACAGGCCUUAUGACGUAGCUUAGCUCGGCUAAGCCCAGUUAUGCAGGCACACUUUGUUAACCGAACGAUAUGGCUAAUUGAACGUGCCGUACUGCAAGCACUCAGUACCGUCGUUUCAUCAGUUUCCGAAGUCCAACGCCCCUAAAGCUCGUCGCUGUCAUCUAUCUGCAUUCGUCUCCCAACGUUUAGCUCGUUGAAGUACCCGUUCAUCACUCGUUUCAGCCUGCCAAUUUGCGCACUGGUACUCAAGUUUCCACUUCAACUCAUUAGCAAGCAGAGUAACAUCCGCAGGGUAGUCCAACGCAGCUUGCCGCUUUCGCUGCUGGGACACAGCUACGAGGACACAGCUGGCGAGGAAGCGUUUGUCAUCCUAGCAGCGGCGGCAGCGGACGCAGGUAGUCACGCGGUAUACGUUCUACACCACUUGCUCAUGAAGGUUGUGCCGUACACUUCAUACUUGGCGGCAAAGUUGCUUCCACUAGUUUCCCAAUUUCGCCAGUUUGAAUUUAAUUUAAAUAAAACUCUGCACGCAUCCUCACUAAAUUUUACGUUAAUGAGCUUUCACUGUAUAGUAGCUAUGGCCUACCAUAUUUAGAGUAUUGACUCCCUGCAGAACUGUGCUGUGUACUGUUUAUAAUUGCUCUUGUCAUUUAGAUUUCACUCACCUACUAUGACUGUUUACCCAUUCUGGUUCCCAUGUUACUGUACUAAUCCCCCAAUGUAACAACCUCCAUGAGGGCAUUUAGGGACACUAAAAACAAGCCAAUUGUUCUGGCACAGGUCCCUGAAGCUAAAUUUUAUGAAGUAUAUGGCCCAUGUAAAAGCCUUGUAAAAGCUAUGCUUAUUGGCACCAGUUGCAGCUUCCUUAGAAACUGUGCUGUCAUGGCAGAGCUCCAAGUUAACUGAUCUCGAAGACCGAAGCCGUCGGGCAAACCUUAUCAUUCAUGGUGUUCUCGAAAACACAAAUGAAAAUGACACGGUUCUUCGAACUGUUGUUGUAACCGAUAUAUUCGAGAAAACAUUGGGAGUGAAGUGCAAGUCCAUAGCCCGCAUUCACCGUCUUGGCCGCGAAGGUAGUCGUAGGCCUGUCAUAGCCUACUUUCAAGAUUAUCAGGAGAAACAAGAAGUCUUAAAGAAUUCAAAUAAAUUGAAGGGCUCCAAUAUUUAUGUGCAAAAUGAUUAUAGCCAGUGCACGCUGCGCAAGCGCCGCCUGCUUUGGGAAAGUGCAAAAGCUGAACGCGACAGCAGGAAACGCGUUACUCUUAUUCACGACAAAAUCAAAAUUGAUGGCAAACUUUUUGGCUGGGAUGAAGCAAAAAAUGCGCGUGUAGCACUUCAUCCGCAAGCUACAGGUUCUGAUUGACCCUCUCGACAGUCUGUGGCAAAAAAUGUGAGAUUGCUUAACGUAAACGCGCAAAGCCUGUCUAAUAAAGUUGACAAGCUCGAGUACCUUCUACUCACCUACGAUCCUCACAUUACAAUAAUCACAGAAACCUGGCUGCACGAAGGUAUAGAUGAUUCAGUACUAAUUCCUCCGAGAUAUCAAAUCUUCAGACGUGACCGGCCAACAAGAGGUGGUGGUGUAGCAAUAGUUCUCAAAGAUGGUAUUAGUGCUCGGCCCCUUCAACAGAUUCCUGAGCACGAAAGUUUAUUCCUUAAAGUAAGCUGCUGGGGCCAUUACUUCACCGUGUGUGCCAUCUACAGACCACCCUCUUCAACACACGAAUAUCUGUCUAAGCUAUAUGACCACAUGUGCGCGUUCAAAAAUGAUCGUCUGAUUCUUGCAGGUGAUUUUAACUUGCCCAAUGUUGACUGGCGCGUUCCACGCUCUGGAUCUGAUGUAACGACGUUAAACCCUCUCGCUGACAUUGCCUUGAUGUGUGAUCUUGUGCAGAUUGUUAAUGAGUGCACUAGAGAGGCUGGAAACGCCCGUUCUACACUCGACCUAGUCUUUUUAAGUUCCAAUGUAUGCAAAUACUUGGUCUCCAUUGAAGAUGGCAUCUCCGACCAUAAAGCAGUAUUUUUAUCCUUUGGUAUCGGUGAAAACAAAGUGCACCGGCAAGAGACCAGACAUGUCAUUAGGGAUUACUCGAAGGCGGAUGACCAGGCCAUUUUGGAUUAUCUGUGGUUCCUAUGUGAUAAUCUUUCUGAUGAUGUGUCGACCGCCUGGAAUGAAAUAAAAACUGCGAUACAUUA